CAGACUCCCUCAUCCGUGGCUGCGGAGAGUUUCAGCGCAUCAACAAGAAAAGAAAACUUAUAAACGAUGUAUUUUAGACGCUGAAACUGAGCUUUGUACUGAAUCGAUGGGUUUGGAAAUGAGUAAAGUAACUUCUUCUUUCUGACAGGACUCUGAGGGCGCGCGGCGGGCGCGAGUGCUCAGUCUUUCUACAGACGCAGUGAAAUGAAUCAAAUGCUAUUGUGAUGUAAAAAUGAAGUCGGAAGCGAGCGAGGACUGACAAACGGGGUUUAAAAGUGAGACCACUGCCUGGAAAAGUGGCACACACAAAUCAAAUUUGCCUGCUUAUUUCCAAAUGUAAAUUUCUGAAGGGCUGGAUAAGCAGGUAGGGAUGUGAGGUAGGUGCUGUGAACACAAAAUCAGGAUGGUUAUUUUUACGCUGCGAUUUCAAAUGAAGUAAAUCGAGGAAAUGAGACAUCACAUCGUUGAAGUUUUGACUGAGAAGAAACAUCCAGGACAUCCUUGGCCGUGUUCCUCGCGGAGUUUAUUGGUUGACUGAGUAACUAAGGGACGACCUCGUCCAUUAUUUUCCCAAACAUUCCAGCUAUGGAUAAUACUUUUCCAGGCAGCAGCAGUAGCGCUGUGAUCCAGAAGGGAAAGUUCGUGUUCGUCGAGGCUCAGUUGCAGGGUGGAGCGCCCUGGGGUUUCACGCUCAAAGGUGGGCUUGAACACGACGAGCCCUUAAUCAUAUCGAAGGUGGAGGGCGGCGGGAAAGCAUCUCUGCUCCAGCACCCCCUACAGGCGGGAGAUCUAGUGGUCGUAAUUAAUGAGGUGGAGCUGAGCGGAUGGAGGCAGGAGGCCAUAUCACUUGUUAAAGGAUCUUAUAAAACACUACGGCUCACGGUGCGAAGAGAGUGUUGUCCAGGACCUUGCUGUUCUGACCUGCGUCCUCUCAGUCCGUCCAGAGACAACAAAUGCAGCGGAGGAGUCAAACUACGCAUUAAAAACAGACGGAGUGAGCCUGGAUCUCGACCUCAUUCUUGGCAUUCUACGAAGCUGGGCGACGGCCCUCAAGACUCAGACAGCAUGAUGCAGGUCACCCAGGGCGGUGUGGGAGCCCCCUGGCACCAGAGCUACCACUCCAGUGCUUCCACCACAGACCUAUCAGGAUUUGAGACGGGAUUUCUUAGAAAGAGCCCUGAUCAGUAUAGUUCCCGGGGCAGCAUGGAAAGUCUUGACCACAGUCACCCAGCCUACAGCUCCUGCUAUCAUCUAUCAUCCUCCAAAUCAUCCAGCAGCAUCGAUCAUCUACACAACAAGCGGGAUUCUGCAUACAGUUCGUUCUCCACCAGCUCCAGUAUCCCAGAGUACCUUGCAGCCACUCCAUCAUUUAACAAGGAAAGGUCAUAUUCCAUGGAGAAUGUUCCACAGAGGGAAGGGAUGCAGCAGGCUGAUAUACGCUACGUACGCACUGUGUAUGACAACCAACAGGGGGUGUCUGAGGAGCACGAGAUCACCUCUGCAGCUCUAAUGAGAACCAAUGACAGCAGAGCACAGUCUAAAAGUGGCAUGAACUGUUAUCGUGGCAGCAGUAGUAGUGAAAGCAGUGGGAGUAGUGGAAGCACUUCCAGCUCACAACGGCAGAGUUUUGGGCCAGUCUGGGAUCCAACGCACAGCCGGCACUCCUUUGAGAACCUAAAGGGGGCACCAGCUCCCCCAUUACGCAGUGACAGCUAUGCAGCAUUUCGCAAUCAUGAACGUCCAAAUUCUUGGUCGAGUCUUGAGCAUGCUCGGUCACAAAGGGCACUUUCAAAGGGUUUCUGGCAGCACUCUAGUGGUUCUGUGGCAACAGGAAAGUCCUCAUUUGGAGCUGAAGGUCAGUUGCAUACAGUGAUUGAAAAAAGUCCAGAAAGUAGCCCCACAACGAAACCCAAGCAAGGCAUUCCUCAGCUCGCACAACCUGGCCGCUUCAUGUUACCAACUGGCAUCUACCCCGUUCCUCCUCCCGAGCCUCAUUUUGCACAAAUCCCAACCAGCAACCCUAACUCUGGUAGUGUCUACCCAGCCCUGGCCAAGGAGAGCAAGCACAACCAUCACUGUGACCACUUGGGAGGACUUGUAAAAGAGGACAGGCUCGCCGUUGAAAACGGAUACCAAAGCAAUGCUCCCACCCUGAACCCUGUCCAAACACUUGCUUUGGCAGAACCUAGGCUUUCUGAUAGAGUUCAAGAUGACUCGCAAGUCAAACCUAGUUUUUAUAGGUCUCAUUUUCAACCACAAAUGCAGAAGUCACAGACACCUCAUGUUCCCCUGGAAAGGAGAGACCCUUACACCCCUGUGCAACCAAGAGGAGAGAGGCAAAGGUAUUCGGUUGAUUCGGUUUACGACAACUACAGGCCAGCUCGAAAUGAAGAACAAAAGAAAACCAAUGAGCAAACAGUCCAUCCAGACCCAAUACACUCUGGAAAAGUUGUACAGGGACAAGCUGCUCAAAUAUAUGGAGGAAAUUUCAUCCAGACUCAAGGAAAUGACAUAGUCAAACCUUCAAGGCACUACAGUGACUCUAGUGCUCUCCGGCAGAGAGGUCAAGACCUGGAUAACCCCUUGACCAGACUGGAGAAUGCACUAGCAGAGGUUCAGCGAUGUGUAAGUCCUGAAAGUACAACUAGCCAUUGCAGUUUUCAGAGCGAGCGUAGCAUGUCAGUACUGGAGAAAGUCAGUCAUUUUGAGAGACAGCAAGUCAAACCUCGCAGUCAGAGCAGCCUGUCCCAUUAUGGAUCCACACCUCGGCUGAACCAACCAGCAAGACCCUCCAGUGCCAAGGGCUCCUUUUCUGGUAAAGAAGAUGUGCGCACCAUGUUGGAGAGAAGCAACAGCUCAGUAACUGAAAGUUACCGGAGAACUGAGAGCUAUGAUGGCCAUGUUGAUAUACAGCAGGAUUUCCAUACAAGACGUGGGAGUAGUGAUCAGGUCCAAUAUCACCAGCAACAAGACCCUACGGUCACUCAGAAGAAGUUUCUUCAAAGGAGUAAGAGCACCUUUCAGCUUGGUGAGGGGAAUGGUAAAGGAGAUAUUCAUGAUAUAUUGGGUGCUAUUCAAGACACAUCUUUUAACAGAGCAUACAGAGACAGCCUUAAAGAUGCCCAGUCUAAGGUUUUGAGGUCAACUUCUUUCAGAAGGCGUGACUUUGGUGUAAACCCUCCACCAGUGCCAGCCAAGCACAUGUCCCUAGAGCGAAAAGGAACCAAUACAAGUCCCAAAGCAGUUACAACAUCACCACACACUCCAAAAGAACGCCAUGUUGUUCCUGUUGAAGCACAAAACAGAACCACUCCUCCUGAACUCCCCAGUGUCCCAGCUGUUGGACCCCCAGUUAUGCGGAUUUGUGGACGCAAACGGUUCACAAUGGAGCAAAAGAAGCGAUCAUAUUCUGAGCCUGAAAAUAUGCAUGAAGUUGGAGUGACUCAGGAAAUCAAUCAAGUUGAGAGGAGGGUUCAACAGCAGUUUCUGUCAAGUGAGACAAGUGUAGCAGACCGGCGCAGAAUGUUUGAGCAGGUGGCAAAUCGUAAUGCUGACCCUAGAUUGUUCUCCUCCAGGCCCGAUUUGAAACAAAUGCAGCAAGAUGCUCUUGUCGAGUACAUGGAGCGUAAAACGGGUAGAAGAAUAGAUGGACGCCCAAACCGCCCACAAAGUGCUUAUAUACAGUCCACUUCAUCUUCUGCAGACUCACGGAGCCUCAGCUCCACCCCAAGUCUGUCCUCUUUGCAGGAGCCAGGAUAUGAUGGGCUCUCUGGUGGUAUUCGUAAAGCCUCCACCCUUCCAGCAGGAAUGCAAGGCAACUUUUACCCAAAUAGGGCCACUCAAAUCCACACUAGGCCUGAGGUUUUUGGCCAUCAGUCACAAGUCGCAUAUCCUGAAUCUCAUAAUCCAGGCCCAGCUCUAACCAGACAUACCCUUCCGCAGCACCUUGAGGCAGUUUUUGAGAGAGCCACCACAGCCAGAACCUCAGGGAGGUCAGCUUCAGCUGAGGAUUUGCUGGAACGCAGUGAAGAACGUCCCAUUCCUCAGCACUUCAGAUCAAAGUCAUCUCCAGUGGAAAACGUCAGUCAGGACUUUUUAGCCAGAGACCUUCAGUUAUUUAGGGGUUCCUCCAAGGAUUUCUCAGAAAACAGGAUGUUGGUGAACAUGGGACCUAAACAGCCAUCAAAUUCAACACGUAUGGAGAGGAGUUACCAGCUAAACCAAGGUCCAGUACAGCAAAAUACACCAGUGUUGAGACGAGAGCGUCAGAGAUAUUCGGACCGGCCUAGAGCACAAAGUGCAUCUGGUCUAGCUGCAUCUGUAGGACUCCCUUGCCCUUUAACCUCUCCAGGCACUAACACCAACCUCGAAUGGCAAAACAGAGACAGACUGUGUCAACCAAACCUCGACUUGAUUGCAUUUCCAGAAACUGGCCGACAAAAUCAGAAGAGUCCAUCCACAGUACCAGGAAUGAUUCGGCAAAACUCCAGCGACACCAGCACUUCUGAAGACACCCUGAAGGAUUUCCCAUGUCCGGUCACCACUCCAUCACCACCACCUUCAUCAUCCAGUUCGAAACUUUCCAUAAGUCCAGACUCCCCAACAAAACCACUUCUCUCUCUUCGCAUCUCAGAGUCUAGCCUUCACAAUAUGCACAACAUAGCUAGGUCUCAAGAUGAUGAUGAUGUGUUUAUAGCUCCACCUACACCUUCUCCUCCUCCACCACCACCACUGCCUUAUAGAGAGAUAGAGAUUAUGGAGGAUUUCCCACCUCCUCCACCUCUCACACCUCCAGUCGAUGAGGAUGUGGGUCUAAUGGAGACUUCACAGCAUCCAUUACAGCCCAUCAGCAGUGAUGAGAAUCUGACCAAUGCAACAGCCCAUCCAGAGCCUGAACCACUAACAACCAACAGCUCAACUCCACCAGCGAGUCCUUUGGAGCUUGAAGCCUCUGAGAUACUGGGCUCCGACUGUCAUCUACUGUCCCGGAGAGAGCGGACACACACGGAGCGGCUCGUGGAGACUUUAGCCAGAGAGCUGGUAAAGCAUGACAAAUCACUGACCUCACUUCUAGACACCUGGGCUGGUAAAACCACACUGGACCUGAUGGAGGACAUCUUCCCUUCACACAGGACAAGCAGCAGUCAUCUGGACAACAGGGCUCAAGAUGGUGCAGAUUCUCAAACGCCUCCCAGAAAAAUGGAAACCAACCUGGACGAUGAAGAAGCUUAUUUGAAUCAAAAGAAGGUGGAGUUGCUGCAGGCGCUGCGGGCGAGUGUUCAGUCUCUGCGGGAGGAGAGGGAGUCUCUGGCGGAGCAGCAGCAGGUCUGCGCGGCUCUCGGCGGCUCCACGGAGGCAUUGGUUCAGGAAAGAUGCAAAAGCAACGAGAAGGAGAAAUUCCGCAUGUUUGUGGGAGAUUUGGAGAAGAUCGUAAAUCUGCUGCUGUCUCUGAGCGCGAGACUGGCGCGAGUGGAGAACAGUCUGAGCGCGCUGCAGGAGGAGGAGGAGGAGCACGAUGACGAGAGGGAGUCUCUGCAGCUAAAGAGGAAGCAGUUGUGCAGUCAGCAGGAAGACGCUCGCGAGCUGAAGGAAAACCUGGACCGGCGCGAGCGAGUUGUCCUGGAUAUUCUCGCGGGCUACCUGAGCAUCCCGCAGCUGCGCGACUACCAGCGCUUCAUCCGCAUGAUGCCAGCUCUCCUGAUCCGACAGCGCCACCUAGACGAGCUCAUCCGCCAGGGGGAGGAGCAAACGCAGAGACUAGAAGAGUCCCUCCCCUUUCAGCACCACCCAAAGAACGCUGACUCCGCCCCCAAACCGACACACACUCUUAACUCCACCCACCUGCCACGCCCUACCACUGUGACCUCACUCUGACUCCGCCCACUAUGGAUCAAUCACACUGACUAUAAGUGCCUUAUAAAUAAUGAAGGAAGUAGCCGUUGGGUUUCCUGCGCAUCUACACUACAAAUGCACACUAUAGCGCGACACUGAAGCACAAUGCUAAUUCGAUGGCAACAUUUUCGAGCCCUGAGCACUUUGGAACAGAUGAACCACUACGAUAAGAAACACACACACACACACACACAAAAAACACUUUUUUCUGUCUUGUUGAAAUUUCUGUCGAUUAAAAUGUGACAGGUGAUUAUUUAUGAUGAGUUUAGAAACAGUUUUGUAUUGUGUACGUUGCUGUACAUAUUCCAUCCCCAUGUUGAUUUUAAAAUAUAGAUGGUUAAAAAAGAAACGCUGAAUUAGUGUUGCCACGAUACUGAAAUUCGGUACCGAUCGGUACUGAAAUUUUAGAAACAUCCAUUUCCCGCUAACAUUUGAGCACUGUUGAGUACAUUCUUAAGCAGUGCUGAUUUGCCCUUGUGUUCACGUCAACAGAAACGACUGUGAUUGGCUGUGAAAGUCAUCAGUUCACCAAACUCACCGCUGUUUACUGUGUGUAACAGCAGAUAUAGAAACACUGGAGCAUACUUAAACACCAUGAAACCCCCAGUCUCAGCAGGGUGUUUUCACACCUCUAGUUUGAAAAAAGUCAGGAUAGUGGGUGAGUCCAGCUUUGUUUAGGUGGGAGUGGCAAAUGGCGAAAAAGGGAAGGUUUUGCAUGAAAAGGGGAGUUUCAUUACGUGCACCACAGCUGAUUUUCACAGCGGAAACACAAACAAAGAUGCCCAUUGCUAAUGGAGAUUCCUAAUGGAGAUUCAAAAUGGAGAUUCCUAAUGGAGAUUCAAAAUGGAGAUUCCUAAUGGAGAUUCCUAAUGGAGAUUCCUAAUGGAGAUUAGAAAUGGGUACCGAAACUCGGUACUUUAUCGGUAUCGGUGCUACAUUAUAAAAGACAGAAGUAUCGAUAAGCUCUGACGUUAACGGUUCUGCUAUAGGUACUCGAGAAUUAUUGCUGAAUAAACAUUACUUACAGUAGCAUAAUUUAACUGACCUUUUCUAAUUUGCCAUAUUCCAUAUUCGUCUGCACAGUUAAUAAUCUCACAUGAGAAAUGCUUGUGUUUCCGGCGAGCGCGUCAAUUAUAAAAGCUUUCACAGUUCUCGGCUGUGCGCACGCAUUCAGCGGAGACUCGCACUAAGCGCACACACGUAGCUCGAGACAGAGACUCAUGCGCACACAGCUUGUAAGCUUGCGGAGUGAACUAAAGGGGUUGUGUUUUCUGAGUGGACAUCGACAAUGUCCGCUGCAACAAACGCAACAAGUUGUUUUCUUGUAUAAGCGGAAACGCAAGCAUCUGGCUAAGUGAAAGUAUCUUUCAAAAGUGCAAUGAAAAGUUUUUGACUGCUACUAACAGUAACAAUACAUCAUCCACAUCGGUAUGCCAAUAGUCAAUCACCUAAAUUAGUAAUAGUUAAAUAAACACACACUGAAUUCAUUCUGAGAACUCGGUGACGUCACAUUGUAUUGGCUGGUACAGACAUCCAUUCUUCACACUGAAUGUUUAUUUCUAUGGUGCUUUUACAAUGUAGAUUGUGGAAUUUACACAAGGAUCUCAUGGCCGUGACAUAGCUUCAAAUUUUAUUUUCAAACGGGAUGAACGAACUUGCUCUAAACAACUCUAAAUUUUCACUUGUCAGCUAAAUAUAUGUGUCCUAGUGGUGUCUUUAGCAACGUGGGACACAUUUAUAUGACUGUCAACGUCUCAAAAACUGCGCUUUGGUGUUUCAUGACCCUUUAAAACCAUGAAGAUCAGUCAUCAGCGGAUCGCUCGUAUGUCAGCUUAUAAACACACCAGCUGAUCUUCACGACUUUAAAAUGCUCCGGUGUCCCUGUAUCUGUGUUUACACUCAGUAAACAGCGGUGAGUUAGGUCAACUUGAUGACUUUCACAGCCAAUCACAGUCAUUUCACAAUGGCAAAUCAGCGCUGUUUAAAAAUGCGCUCAAAUGUUAGCAGGAAAUGAACGUUUUUUUCAAUUUCAGUAUCGAUUGGUCUCGAAUUCCAGUAUCGUGACAACUACGUUGAAUAGAUGUUUGUAUUUUUGUAAGCGAAUACUAGCGAGGGGUGGCUUUCGGGCUUUAACAGGUGCUAUUAUAUGGAAAUGGCGGUAAAUGAUGUUUCACUGGCACUUGAACACAAUAUCAGUACUUGGUUUCAGUAGCGAGUAGGAUGUGAAAAUCAUUCAAACUGAUCAUCCCAGCCUGAUCUCUCAAGGAAACGUAAGUAUUUUACGUUUUGUCAGUUUAGUGGCUAAUUCGUACGAUUUUAAAAAGGAGGCGUGGCACCUAACCCCACCUCUAACCCCAACCAUUAUUAGGUGAUGAGAAAAUCGUACUAAAUUGUCCGAAUUACAUCAUACGAAUUCAUACGAAGUAGCCACUAAAUCAAAAAGUUACGAAUUGCCGUGAGAUUGCGUUGGAUAAUCCAUUGAAUAUAAUUCAUGAAGCGGCUGCAUGCAGGGUUUUAUUACUUCUUUUGUUUUGGUUUGGUGAUCGUAACGCUCAUGCCCAAACUGUUUUUCCAUUAUAUUUUAUUUUCAUUUGUGGCUGUUUUCUUUUUAGUUAUUAUUAUUAUUAUUAUUAUUAUUAUUAUUAUUAUUAUUAUUAUUUUGGAGAGCAUCUUUCAUUUAGAGAAAAAAUAAUCCCUGUUCAGCUGUAUGAAAACACUCAAUCGCAGAAAUGUUGAUAUUGGACUGUUUAUGUAUAAGAGACAGAACUGUUGUUGUUUUUCUUGAUGGAGGUAAACAGAGGAGAAGGUUCAGCCAUGCUUUACACUGUUUAAAAGUAAAAAGAGCACAAUUGGAAGGCAAAAUAAAUCUAUUUUUUAAGUACAA